CAAUAAUAGCUAUCUGCUACAUAAAGAAGAAUAAAGGCUUUUCUAAUCUUUUCCUUGGUCUUAAAAGUACACCAGCUUCAAACAAAACUCCUGCCCUAGAAGAUUCUAAAGAAGAAGAUAAAAAUGCGCAAGCAUCUGCUGGCUCAGCUCCUGCACCAGAAGAUCCUAAAGCAGAAGAUAAAAAUGCACAAAUCCCUACACAAAAUUCUACUGGCUCAGCUCCUGCACCAAAAGAUCCUAAGGAAGAAUCCUCGUCUUCUAAAACCUUAACCCCCACUAACUCACCUGCUAAUGAGGUAGGUUCUAGUGGCUCAAAUCCUUCUACUAGCUCAGCCACCAAAGAAGAAACUUCUCCUGAGGUAAAUAGCCAAAAUACACAGGACAAUACUAACAACAGUGCGGGACAGCUUCCAUUACAACCCAAAUCUGGUAACUCUAAAGAAGAUGAAGGGCUCAAGAGCAAUAAAACUCUACCAGAAGAGAAUGACACCAAAAAGGGUAAUCUCUCUGUAGCUGAAAGUUCUGAAGAAGAUAAGAGUAAGGAGAAUGCAAAGGAGGAAGACAACUCCAAUGGAAACAGCUCUAAAGAAGAUAGCACUAAAGAAGAUAGCACUAAAGAAGAUAAUCCCACUGGAGCUGAAAAGACCAAAGAAUCCAAUCCUAAAAAGCCUCCAAAGAAAGAAGCUAAGUCCAAGCUGCCUAAGCCUAAAGCAACUAAAGCAAAGAAAAAUGUAUCUGAUAAAGCUAAACAGCUAGAAGAAAAUAAGUCUAAGAGCACUAAUCCAAAUGGAAAUGGUCAGAACAACAAAAAUAACUCCAAUAAGAGCAAACCAAAAAGUGCAUCGCCUGAGACAAGACCAAACUGGGUAAAUUGA